AUGUUCGUGCUGCCUCCGCCGCCGCGGUACCCCGUGGGCGGCUAUCCCGGUGCGCCGCCAGGACAGCUCAUCGAGACCAACAACAGCAUCAGCCACCCCACCGGCGCCGAGUAUCAAUUGGUCGUGGGAGAGGGCACCUACCUAUUACGCGACGACCUGCAUCUCGCGACCCCGCCGCCACACCCCUCCGAAGCGCCCGUCCACAACCCCAACCCGCUUGCCACGACCGUCUCGCCGCCCACCCAGGGCACCAAGCUGUCCCUCGUUGCCCUCGCGCCCCGCCAGCCGUCGUCGACGCUGCUGCACAGACUCGACACCAAGAACAGCACCCGCUCGCAGGUCCCGCCCAUCGCCGAGCACGAGUCCAACAGCCAUGCGAGCGAGACCGACUCGCAGGGCGUCAACGGCUUUGUGUCCUCGCCCCUGGACGGCCUGCGCACGCCCGUGUUCGGAGCAGACAACGCCGCCCUGAGCGUGGUCAACGGCAAAGCAUCAAAGGACCCCGCCAAGCGCAACAAGCCGAAGAACAACAUCGUCAAGAGCAAUUCGUCGUUUGUGUCCAGAGUCAUCCCGCACGAAGCCUUGACGAAGCGCCUGCAGGAGCACAACGCCAACGGCGUCUACGCCUUUGCCAACAUCAACCGCGCGCUGCAAUGGCUGGAUCUGUCCUCGCCCAUCAAGGAGGAGCACCUGACCAAGAUCCUCUUCACAAAGGCCCACGCGCUGUGCCACGACAUCAACCACGUCACAAAGGGCCCCAACCACCUCGACAUCAUCCUGGGCUUCUCCACCGGCGACAUCAUCUGGUACGAGCCCAUCUCGCAAAAGUACUCGCGCAUCAACAAGAACGGCAUCAUCAACCCCACCGCCGUCUCCGACAUUCGCUGGAUCCCCAACAGCGAGAACCUGUUCAUGGCUUCCCACAUGGACGGCAGCCUGGUCGUGUACGACAAGGAGAAGGAAGACGCGGCUUUUGUUGCCGAGGACCCGACGCCGGACGAGGGCAUGUCUGACGUGGAGAGGAAGAUCAGGCUGACCGUCAAGAAGUCGGUGCAAUCGAAGAACCAAAAGGCCAACCCUGUCUCGUACUGGCAGGUCUCGAGCUCCAAGAUCAACGCCUUCGAGUUCUCGCCCGACCGCCGCCAUUUUGCCGUCGUUUCCGAAGAUGGCUCGUUCCGAAUCAUGGACUUCCUCCGGGAAAGGCUCCUCCACCACUACAUGAGCUACUACGGCGGCAUGAUGUGCGUCUGCUGGUCGCCCGACGGCAGAUACGUCGUGACGGGAGGCCAGGAUGACCUCGUUUCCAUCUGGUCGUUGGAGGACCGCAUGCUGGUGGCGCGCUGCCAGGGACACAACUCGUGGGUCACAGGUGUGCAGUUUGAUCCCUGGCGAUGCGACGAUCGCAGCUACCGGAUAGGCAGCGUGGGAGAGGACACUCGGUUGCUGUUGUGGGACUUCAGUGUAGGCAUGCUGCACCGGCCGCGCGCAGCCUCGUUGCGACCGCGCACCAGCAUCACCUCGUCGAACCUCAAGAUGCAGCGCACACGCACCGACAGCUCUGCGGGCCGCAUGCGAUCCAACUCGAACCUCUCGUCAGGCAGCGCGCUCGAUGACGAUGAGAUUGUGCAUGCUGUUGAGCCGCGCGCACGCACCGCCAUGUUGCCUCCGGUGUUGGCGAAAUCCGUCGACGACCACCCUCUCACCUGGUUGGCCUUUGAGGAGGAUUGCAUCAUAACAUCGUGCAAAAACGGCCACAUUCGCACCUGGGACCGCCCCAAGGAGGGCUCCUCGACGGAUGAAAGCGGACACACGCGCUCGCAGACCAGCUCGAGUGCUGGUCUUUCGUAG